AUGGAAAAGGAUGUUGAUGUGUGCCUGAUUGUGAAGGACAAAGACGAUAAGGAAAGGAAAGCAUUCAAAGAAUUGCUUGUGCCUGGAAGCGUUGCCAAGGUUCUAGGGGCAAAGAAGAUGUUGAAGAAAUACGAGUCGUAUGAGGCACGCCGGCAGCUUGUUAAGCGCUAUGACCUCUUCCUCAUGGACAAAAGAAUGGUCACUGUCACCACAGACUACAUAGGGAAAGAGUUCACUAGGAGGAAAAAAUGCCCAGCAUUUGUGGACAUUGCUAAGAAGAAUCCAGUGAACAGCAUACAACGCAUGCGCCAAUCGACAUUCAUGUACCAAUGGGGUGGCUCCAGCAGGAGCGCCCGUGUUGCUUGGAGCUCCUUCUCUCCAUCGCAAAUCGUCGACAACAUCUUCAUGGCUCUUUACGACUUUGUUCGGCACUUGCAAGGAGGCUGGGAAGACAUCCUGAGUGUAUUUCUGAAGACGCAAGAUUCCACAUCCUUGCCAAUAUACCAGUCCAUGCCUGGGAUGCUGGGGAACUUGGAGGUUGUUCAGGAGGGGGAGUGUGCAGCAAGCAGCAGCGAUGACAUUGCAGAGGAGUUUGAGGACAGCAAAAGCAAAAAGGCGGCUGAAAAGGUAGAGAUGAUUGGAAGGGGGAAAAGGAAGAACACCCAGAAGGAAGGACACAAGAAGAAGGCCAAGGGGAGAACUGCAAAGGCGACUUUGAGAUGA